AUGACUACAACUAUAGACCAAACUAAACCUUUAGUUUUUUGUCUUGAUAAAUCAACGAAUUCAAAUUUAAAACGAUGUCUUUUUAAUUUUACGACAAGAUUUUUUGCCGAUGGUAAAUAUUUAUUGAAAAGUAUUGUAUUAAAUGAAAAAAGUGAAUUUGUGCCAUUAGCACUUAUUCUUAAUGGUGAUUAUAAUUCUGUUCAAGAAAUUCUUUCGAAACAAAAAAAUUCUUCAAUAAAAAUUUUUAUUUUUUGUCAAAAUUUUAAUCGACAAAUUUAUGAACCAUUUAUGAAAGAAUCAAAUUCAUCGACUCAUAUUAUUGGAUUAUUUACAACAAUCGAAGAUUUACAAGAUACACUUGAAAAUAUUUUAAUUAAACAAGUUCAUAAUCGACAACUUAUUCGUUUUAUUACAGAUAAUUUAGAAACAUAUUUAUGGUAUGAAUUUUUAAAACAAACAUCAAUGAAUAUCGAUACAGUUAUAUCAAAACAAUCUAUUGAUAUACCAAUUAUAAAUAGACAAAUGGAAUAUAAUCCAUUCAUAACUUUAUAUACUCUUCGUUCAUCGAUACGUAAUCUUGUACAAAAAACAAGUGCAAAUAAAAAGAUUUUUUAUGGAAGUGUUAUAAAAAAGAAUUUAAUUGAAAAAUUAGAAUCAAAUGUAAAUAAUCUUAUUUCAUUUAAUUCAUUUAUUCAUCUUCAAGGACAUACUAGAACAGUUGAUGCACGUCAUCAAUCACUUCAAUGUUGUUCUCGUUGUAAUGAUGAAGUUUCAAUAAUAUUUGAACUUGAAUUAGCUGAUCAACCAACAUUUAAAAUUAUUCGAGUUUUUAAUUCAAAUGAUAAAAAUAAUCUAUGGAUUGUACAAUUAGUUGGUACAAAUGAAUGUGUUAAAUUAUCGAAACAAUUUUCAUAUACGAAGCGUACAACAAGUUCUUUAUGUCAAUGGCAACAAUCGGAAAUCUUAUUUGGACAUAUUUUACUUGCAAUGAAUGAAAUAGAUGAAGCUUAUAAUUUUUUUUUUCAAAUACUUAUUAAUCAAUAUGAUCAACUUAGUAAAAUUUUUACAACAGCUAAUAAAUUAUGGAUAGAAGAACAAAAAUAUAAUGAAGCUAUUGAUCAAAUUGCAACAGAAUUUCAACAAAUUAAAUCUAUAACUUCAACAAAUAAAACGACAACUAGAGGACCAGACGAAAUAACUUAUUUAGAAUCAGAAUUUGAUUCAACAUGGGAAACACCAAUUGCAUUGGAAGAUGGAAAGAAAAUUAAUGAUCUUUUACCGCCAAUAUCCUAUCGAGUUGAUCAUAUAUUAUCCAAAGAAAGUAUACCAAAAUUAUCAACGACAACAACAUCAACACGACGACGUUGUACAUUAUUCUAA